GCGACAUUCACCCCUGGAAAACUCAUCCUCUCCCUAACCGCUCUCUUUACAAUGAUAGGCCCAUACAUGCAGACUGGAACGAAACCCACGUUCUAAACUCUACCUGGCUGCCCCACGCGAGCUUCCACAACGGCCAAACCAUGUCCCUCGGCGCCUUCCUCGGCACCUUCCUCGGCACCUCCAUGAUCUACUACCUCCACUUCGCCUCACCAUCACCCACUUCUCCUCGCAAAAACCCAAACCCCAACGCUAGCAGUACCCUCUCAACCCGCCUCGACCACCUCAACUUCGCCCUCCUGCUCAUCCACGCCUACUACGUCCCCGCGAUGACGGGCAUCCUGUACCCGGGCGCGUUGUGGAUGGAUCCGCAGUUCGGCGAUGGCGCGCCGCAGGCGAAGCUUUUCUCUGCGGCGUUGGGGGUUGCGUGGGUGGGGUGGUGGGUUGAGAGGGGGAGAGUGCUGCGGGAGGCUGGGGAGGAUGGGAAGAGGAAGUUACGGGAUCUCACCGGGAACGGAAUCGUGGAACGGUGGAAAGAUCUGUAGGUUGAGGGUUGGAGAAAGGGAGGUUGGACGUUAGAGUUGAAUUGAUGGCGAUGUUUUGGAUUGUGUAGAAGAUCAUUGCUGUAGGCAGAUACCUCCCAAGCGCAUUCAGAUACUCCCCAAGAACAUUCAAAUUACCCCCUAGUACGUUCAGAUGACCUCCAAGCACAGAUACCCUCCAGCAUAGGCUGAUAUCCUCCAAGCUCAGGCAGAUACCCUCCAAAGCAAAUGCUCGCAUACGACAUCCAAAAUUCCACUCAUCACAUACCCUCCCAGCGCAUGCUCACAAAACAGUAUACAGAACACCGCCCACAAUUAUGCCCAAAGGAGAAAUUGUGGCCGUACAUAGUCACAUA